UAUAGAGUGCAUUUCCAGCCCAGUGCCAGAAGCGGCAGAUCCUAGGCAUCUCCUACCGCGUAUUAGGUCUGCCGAAAAACAAGCUCGCCCGAGUGCCAACUUGCCGGCAGUAGCUGACCCUUAAGGUGCAGACGCGAGGACAGGGAAAAGGGGGGUGGGGGGAGAGGGGCGCAGGAAUCGGGACUAAAGACGACUGACUUCCUUGAGAAGAAGACGCGCAUGAAUAGACUUAAGGCAUAAUUCGAAUAAAUACAAAGGACGGGAUGGCAAAAGAGACUAAAGGAAAAGCUGCCAUGCGCAAGUUCAGCGCCUCCCACUGGAGAAUGCAGAGCAUCGCCCAGGAGUCCAUCGACAGCUCCGAUGAGGAGUUUUUCGAUGCCAGAGAGGUGCUGGAGGGAAAGAGUGCAAUGCUGCUGGGGAUGAGCCAGUGGAACUCCAAUGACCUGGUGGAGCAGAUGGAGACGCUGAGCCACAUGGAGCGCUCACAAGAGAGCCUGUACCGUCUGUCUCGCCCUCGCUGUCCCCCACAGAGCAGUAUAGAUGGGCUGGAGGAUAUGGAGAAGAAGUGUAAGACGCACCUGUUGGUUCUGGUGGUCCACGGAGGCAACAUCCUGGACACGGGUGGCGGGGACCCGGGGGCGAAGGCGGGCGACGUGGCGACGCUGGCGUCCGUGCUGGAGAAGGUGGCGCAGGCCCACUUCCAGGCCGCCGCCGAUCACGUGACCAUCAAGCUGGUUCCCUGCCCCGCCGUGUGUGCCGAGGCCUUCUCCCUCGUCUCUAACCUGAACCCGUACAGCUAUGACGAGAGCUGCUUGUCCAGCAGUGUGGACCACCUCCCCCUCGCCGCGCUGCCCCUGCUGGCCAUCGCAGCCCCCCAUUACCAGGACGCCGUGGCGACAGUAAUCGCACGAGCCAACCAGGCCUACCACAGCUUCUUACAGUCCCAGGACGGACAGGGCUUCAUGGGACAGGUGUGCCUGAUUGGUGACUGUGUCGGAGGUGUUCUGUGCUUCGACGCCCUGUGUUUCAGCGGCAACCAGCGACACGGUAGCCCAGGCAACAACAGCAGGAACGACAGCACAGAGAGCUUGAAGGAUAAUUCGGGGCUGCUGGGAGAUGCCAGCCCCAGCCUGAGUUCCAGCAAGCGACUCAGCAAAAGCAACAUCGAUCUCUCUGUGCCCAGCGAGAGCGCCGCCAUCACCAGACGGCCCCUCUGCCGGAAACAGAGCGACUCAUCCCCCAGCCAGCACAGCAUCUUCUUCAGCAGCCUGAUGCAGGAGGAGGAGAGUUCGCGUCCAGGCAAUGGCUCCAGUCUGGUACUAAACCCAGGCCACUUUGACUUUGAGGUCUCUGACUGUUUCCUGCUGGGCUGCCCCUUGGGGCUGGUCCUGGCUAUGAGGAGAACUGUGCUCCCUGCCGUGUCAGCGGCCCAGCUCCGUCCGGCCUGCUCCCAGAUCUUUAACCUGUUUUACCCCUCGGACCCAUCCGCCUCCCGGCUGGAGCCCCUGCUGCACCCCCAUUUCCACCAGCUGCCCCCAUUCGCUGUCCCCCGCUACCAGCGCUCCCCGCUAGGGGACGGCCGAUCCACUCUCAUAGCCGACGCCAUCCACAGCAGCCCCGCGGUGUUCCUGGGAGGGGGCUCCAGAGGUGGGGGCCUGCCUCCCCCCUCCCCCACGGCGGAGAAAGAGGGGGUCGGGCAGCGCAGAGGCAGCCAGGCCAGCAUGGACAGCGAGGCGUUUUCGGAGAGCCAGCUGGCCAGCAGCAUCUCGAACAUCUCUGGGACGUGGUGGGGGUCCAAGCGGCUGGACUACGCUCUGUAUUGCCCAGACGUCCUCACUGCCUUCCCUACUGUGGCGCUGCCCCAUCUCUUCCACGCCUCCUACUGGGAGUCCACUGAUGUCGUGGCCUUCAUUCUCAGACAGGUGAUGCGGUGUGACAGCCUGGCGGCGCGGGAGGCGGACGGUUCUGACUCCGCCCCCUUCUCUCCCUCCAGCCCGCGGGAGAAGUGGCUCCGCAGACGGACCCACGUCAAGCUGCGGAAUGUCACCGCCAAUCACAGAGUGAAUGAUGUCAUCGCGACGGAGGACGGCCCACAGACGCUGGUUGGCAGGUUCAUGUACGGACCGCUGGAUAUGGUGACCCUUACUGGUGAAAAAGUGGAUAUUUUGCUGAUGACACAGCCCCCGUCUGGCCGGUGGGUGUACUUCGACACUGAGGUGACCAAUAGCAGUGGCCGGAUCUCCUACACCGUUCCCCAGAACAAGAGGCUGGCUGUGGGGGUGUACCCCAUCAAAAUGGUGGUCAAGGGCGACCAGACCAGCGCUGAGGCGUACCUGACGGUGCUCCCGCGCGGGAUGGAGUGUGUGGUCUUCAGCAUCGACGGCUCUUUCGCCGCCAGCGUCUCCCUCAUGGGCAGCGACCCCAAGGUCCGCCCGGGAGCUGUGGAUGUCGUUAGGCACUGGCAGGACCUGGGCUACCUGAUCAUCUACAUCACAGGCCGGCCGGACAUGCAGAAGCAGCGUGUGGUGUCCUGGCUGUCCCAGCACAACUUCCCCCAGGGCAUGGUCUUCUUCUCCGAGGGGCUGGUGCACGACCCGCUGCGGCAGAAAACCAUCUUCCUGAGGAACCUGGUGCAGGAGUGUCACAUUAAGAUCAGCGCUGCCUAUGGGUCCAUGAAGGAUAUUUCCGUUUACAACAUGCUGGGCCUGAGUCCUGCUCAGAUCUACAUUGUGGGGAGACCCUCCAAGAAGCACCAGAAUCAGUGCCAGUUCCUGAGCGAGGGGUACGCUUCACACCUCUCCUCCCUGGAGUUUGGGCACAGGGCGCGGUCCAAGAAGACCUCCUCCACUCGGAUGGUCCUCCGCAAGGGUUCCUUCGGCCUGUCGGCCAAGCCGGACUUCCUGUGCAAGCGGACCCACCUGCGCAGGACCAUGUCUGUGCAGCAGCCCGACCCUCCCUCCGCCCCCAACCCCAAACCCGAGCGCGCCCAGAGCCAGCCUGAGUCCGAGCCCAAGGAGCACGGGGCGGGGGCCGGCCCAGGUGGGGUGCACGGAGUCUGGGCACGCGGGAACACUCUCCGGGGGGACACCACACCCUGACGGAGGGGAGGGGACCGACACGUGUGACAGGCCAUCCCAGGGUCCAGGACCAACCAAUGGUACCAAAAUGGAACAUAUAUUUAUUUAUUUUGUUAAUUACUUUAUCUAAUUAUUUUAUCUAAUGUGCAAUUAAAUGAAUGACCCAUGAAAUGCUGUGGACAUGGAGGGCCUUUGUUUAAAACAAAGUAUUUUGUGAGGGUUUAUUUAUCUAGAGUUGAGACUUUGAAACCCAGAUGUCCCUGUUUGAAACCCCAGAAUUGCCUCAGUGUUAGCAAAUAGACCACUAAAUCCAACCCUGUGGAUGCACACCUCAGGCACUUUUUCCUCUGUCCCUUGAAGAAAGAUCAGACUCCACAAGAUACAAAGAGAGGAAGAGAAACAGAAAGGAGGAAGAGAUGAGAUCGAAACAAGAAGACUGAAAAUAAAUAUCCUCUCGAGAACAUUUUACAGGGUUGUAAUGUUGGAGUGUACCACUGGAGAGAGAGAGAGAGAGAGGGAGUCAGACUUAUUGGCCUAAAACCCAGCUCUUUCCCCCACACAACCUGCCCUGCAGACAGAAGGCACUGCUGACUACCUGCAAUAAUAGUCUCCUGUACAUAAAUAUAUGUAUAUAUGUAUAUAUUUUAAAGAAGGGUUACUCCUCUCUGUGGCUGUUGCUCCUGGGUUCACUUUAUGAACAUGAACUUGUUAUUGUGUUGGGCUGAGCUUUGUGCAUCUGCUAGGUCAAGAGGGCAUUGUACAAUAAAUGGACUUCCCCCAGUGGACGUGAAGUGUCCCGAUCUCACACCCUCAGGCCCUUGGGUUUUCAGUGUGAGGCGCCACGCUGGUAUUUGUGUCAGCAGUCUCGCCUCCGUUCCGUCAUUUCAAACACUUCAACACAAUCCUGAUCGUUACCACGCAAGGAAACUCCUUGAGCACUGUAUGAGCACUGAGUGUUAUCCACUCAAUUGACUUGGAGGAUUUAUUUUUACAUUUUUGGAUUUCCAAAGUGGACAUCAACGGAGUUUAAAAGAACAAUAUGACAUGUUAGGAAACAAAAUAUGCCAUCCACAGGAAGUGCAGUCAAAGCAAGUCAUGAAGUGACAACAAUGUUUCUUUCAUGUAGGUAAUACAGGUACGUGGAAUACAGAAUACCUGAAAACCUCUGUAAUGCUGGUGUUUGUCACAAAGAAGUUCAAGAUGAACUGCACUGUGCCUCUGCAUUGGAAGGGAAUGUGUUCGGCAAUAGGUGGGGCAGACACUUUCGAAGGAACAGCUGUAAAGCUGAAAACCGAAUUUUUGGCCGUAUGUAGCUCAUGGACAGUUUGAAUCCUUACUGCAGCGCUACUCAACUCCACGUCCUGUGGGCCAUAGCAUCUGCUACACCACCUUGUUUCACUAAUUAGUUUUUCUGAACAAAGCAGGCAAAAUAAUUAGUGAAAUCUGGUGGUGUCGCGUACAGUAGGAGCAAAUGCCUGCAGACACUGCGGCCCUCAGGGCGAGGAGUUGAGCAGUGCUGCCUUACUGCGUUAUGCUUAGUUCCUUCUGGGGGCAGGGCAGGGAGGAGGGGGUAGGCUGGCUGCAUUCAGCACCUCCUGUUCGUUCACUUAUUUUUCUAUGAGGAAACCCCCUGUACAUACCUGUCUAUAUUUGAACACAAAGGUGUUUUUGAAGUGGUGUUUAACUUGUCGUCAAACUGAUAUUUUUGCCUUAAACAGUGUUUUGAUGUGCAGGAAGUACAAAGUCAACAUGUUAUUAUCCUUAUUGCUUGACCAAAGUCUUAGUUUUACCUCCAUGGAAGAUUGCAGUGCAUCCUUGAAACAAUAUUUUUCUGUAUUUCAUGUUCUUACAUGUGAGGUAUAUACAGUAUAGUCUAUAUGAAUAAAUUUACACUUGUGUGUUUACAAACCAAUAGUUAUUUAUAUAGGAGCCACUUUGACUGAUGCAUUAAGUAACGGUGGCCGACAGCAAGCGGUGUAAACGUGAAUGUAUUCCUGUCUGUUUAAAUGUUUUAUCUCUAUAUUCGUUUUAUAAUGACAGUGAAAGCUGAAACAUACAUGUUGGUCGUUAUAUACAUACAAAUAUACACAUGAAAUAUUUAAGAAAUUGAUACUCAUCUGUCCAGAUACAGAAGCUUAAAGGUCUCAAAUGCUAUUCUGAGGCAAACAUUUAUUUAUAAAGUACAUUAGUACAAUGUAAAUUCCAUUAGGGUGGUUUCGUUUUAAGUUCUGUUCCUCUGAACAUUGCCUCCCUUCUUGACUUACUGGGUGAGGACAGAAAGCAGGUCGGUGUAUUGCUGUACUGAGCCACCCUGUUACUUAGCGUUCUCAGUUAUGAAUAUAGGAACCCAACCUGUAGCUCAAGCAGGACUAAAUAGAUUUGAUUCCAUGUUAUUCCAGGGUUGCAAUGGAGAAAGGGGUGGGGAGGAGGAAGCAUAAAUCUGUUCAUGCAUGGAUUUUCUCUUCUACUUAAGACUGCUGAUCCUGAUAAUGGUGUUAUAUGGGUUUCAAAAUGUCAUCUGGGACGUACUUUAAAAUCAAAUGGACGCUCUACCGAUGUAGGUUACCUGUGCUGGAUUGAGAAAUAUUGGUUUGUACACUAUGGUGCGGAAUUUAAUUGUGAAUUGGUUUUCAAUAGAAAUACUUCAAUAAAAGAAAAGGGAACACAA